GGAAGUCGCGCUCGUGCACACUAAACUCUGCGACUGAAGUGUAAACAGGCGACAGCAGCAGCAGCAGCUCGGCAGUUGAGUGCAGUUAGCUCUCCGCGCUAUCUGUGCUCCUCACUGCGCCUCAUGACUUAAAGCUCGUCAGAAAACCCACUGGACACUACGCCAUUUGUAGCACUGUUACUUUUCUGUGAGGUAAACAGCUUGUUGGACUCCUCAGGAAGAAAAAAAAGUGUCUUUUUUUUAGUUCUUUCCUCCGUCCGCCUUCAUGAGCGGUUUGUUCUGGUGUUUCUUCUCAGUGCAACGUGAUUGUACACUCUUUGUGCUUUUCUCUUACGCUAUCUCUCUAAAGGAAGCCGUUCUGUGUGAUUACUGAGGAAAUUUCCCGUUCUGUCAGGAUGACUCGGCGCGGUUUAACCUAGCUAGCUGGCCCGGAGUAGCUAGCUGUAGCUAACUGAGACACUGACUGACUCACUGAUUCACGUCCAGCGGUUGCCACAACAACCGAAAAUUCGAACCCGCGCGCGGUUUAUUUCCCGCAUUUCGCGACGCACGCAAAUGGCGGAAAGCGGCGGAGUAAAGCAGGGCAAGCCUGGAGAAAGCCCCAGCACUGGGAAGAUAAAGCAAGCAGCUGCAGAAAGCCCUGGAGCCAGCCCCGGCAACGGGAGGAAGAAGAACGGUGGAGAGAGCCCCGGCUCCGGGAGGAUGAAGCCGCAUCAGUCGCCCUCUGCCCGGGCCGCUAAGUAUCACGCGGGCACCACCGGUCACUCUUUCCGCAGAGUGACUCUGACCAAGCCGACUUUCUGCCAUCACUGCAGCGACUUCAUCUGGGGGCUCGUGGGCUACGUUUGUGAAGUGUGUAACUUCAUGUCUCACGAGAAGUGUUUAAAGCAAGUGCGGACCGUGUGCUCCUGCAUGGCGCCCACGCUGGUGCGGGUUCCUGUAGCUCACUGCUUCGGUCCAGCCGGUCAGAAGAAGCGCUUCUGCUGCGUGUGCCGCAAGAACCUGGAGGGAACAUCGGCCCUACGCUGUGAAGUGUGUGAGCUGCAUGUUCACAGCGACUGCGCCCCGUUCAUCUGCAGUGACUGUCGUCUGUGUCACCAAGAUGGAAGCCAGGACUACGACAUGCACAAUCACCACUGGCGGGAGGGGAACAUGGCGUCUGGAGCGCGCUGCGAGGUGUGCCGGCGUGUCUGCGGCUCCUCCGACGUCCUCGUCGGGAUGAGGUGCGAGUGGUGUGGCGUCACGGUACACGCCUCGUGUUAUAUAAUGAUCCCUCCUGAGUGCAGUCUGGGUCGUCUGCGCAACAUGAUCCUGCACCCCAGCUGUGUACGCGUCUGCUCGCGCAACUUCAGCAAGAUGCACUGCUACCGCAUCUCAGAGCCCCCGCAGCAGUGCGAACUGGAUAAUCUAGACGACUCCGAUGUCCAGAACCCAGUGGCGUCGAAGGACAAUCAGUCCUCCAGCUCAUCGGAUACAGGGAAGCAGACGCUGAGAGUGUUCGAUGGGGAUGACGGCGUGAAGCGUAAUCAGUUCCGGCUGGUCUCCAUUCCUAGAGUCACAAAGAACGAGGAAGUAGUGGAAGCGGCGCUCAAGGCGUUCUACCUCCCAGAUGAGGUCCAGGAAUACGAGCUCCAGAAUUACACCCACCCCGACCUGCUAACCGAUGACAUCAUCAACCGCAACGGCAUGCCCGACAACAAGGCCGUGUUUAAGGACUGCCCCUCGGAGGUGUGGCUUCUCCGAGCCAAGCCCAAAGACACGGAGGUGCUGAAGGUCUACGCUGGCUGGCUCAACAUCGACAUACUCCUGACUUCGUCACAUGCGCGUCAUAUGGUCGGUGUUGCCUACGUGAGUAUCACCGUUGGGAAGAGCAGAGCAGUAGACUCUGUCAUUAAGGAAGUGCUCGUCCAGCUCGGCAAGCAGAAUGAAAACCCGGCAGAUUUUAACCUGGUGGAGGUUUUCAUGAGCAGCAAACAAGUGCAGAAGCAGGUUCUUGAUGGUCAGGAGCUGUUACUGGACAAGCUGCAGGAGAUCAGGAAGACGUCUCUGAGGCAGAUGAACCAGACACGCUUUUACAUUGUGGAGAACAGGAACCGGGUGGUCCAGGUGGACCUGCUGAUCGGAGGACUUCCGCUGCAACUCAGCACAGAGGAGUACACGGAGCUGCUUCAGGAACACCUCGCUAUCAAGAGUCACUUGGUCACCGUCACUCACAUCUACCCAGCACAAGGCACGGUGGCUUUGCAGAUCACGUGUUUCUCUGAAGCUGAACGCAUCUAUAUGCUGGCCAAAGACACCAGCAUCAGCGGCAAGCAGCUCACUUGUCUCGUCAUACCUGAGAUCAUGAAGAGCAAGCUAGCCAAAGGCUCAUACCCUUUGCUGGUGUUUGUUAACCCUAAAAGUGGAUGUCUGAAAGGCAGAGAGAUCCUUUACGGCUUCCGGAAACUUCUCAACCCUCAUCAGGUGUUCGAGCUGACCAGUGGAGGGCCGCUGCCUGGACUGCACACAUUUCGCGAUGUUCCCCACUUCCGCAUGCUGGUGUGUGGAGGAGACGGGACAGUGGGAUGGGUGCUGGGUGUGCUGGAGACCAUCAGACACAAACUAGCCUGUCCUGAGCCUGCCAUUAGCAUCGUCCCUCUGGGAACAGGUAAUGACCUGGCGCGUGUCCUGCGAUGGGGGGCGGGCUACAGCGGCGAGGACCCCUACAACAUCCUGGUCUCAGUGGACGAGGCAGAAAAGGUGGAGAUGGACCGCUGGACCAUCCUGUUUGACGCUCAGGAAAUGACGGAGGACGGAAAGCAGAACGGCUUCCUGGAGCCUCCGAAGAUAGUCCAGAUGAAUAAUUACUUUGGUCUAGGGAUCGAUGCGGAACUCAGCUUGGACUUCCAUCAUGCUCGGGAAGAAGAGCCAGGAAAAUUCAACAGCAGGUUUCAUAAUAAGGGCGUGUAUGUGAAAGUCGGCCUGCAGAAACUGAGUCACACACGAAACCUUCACAGAGACCUGAAACUGCAGGUGGACAAGCAGGACAUAGAACUGCCCAGUAUAGAGGGCCUCAUCUUCCUCAACAUUCCCAGCUGGGGCUCUGGUGCUGAUCUGUGGGGUUCGGACAGUGACACACGCUUUGACAAACCCAGGAUAGAUGACGGCAUGCUGGAGGUAGUGGGAGUAACUGGGGUGGUACAUAUGGGUCAGGUCCAAAGUGGGCUACGCUCAGGGAUGCGGCUCGCUCAGGGCAGCUACAUCCGCAUCACCGUGACGAAGCCCAUCCCAGUGCAGGUGGACGGUGAGCCGUGGAUCCAGAACCCUGGACAGAUCAUCAUCUCCGCAGCAGGACCCAAGGUGCGCAUGCUGAGGAAAUCAAAAACCAAGCAGAAGAAGCAAUCUGGCAGUCUGAAGGAAGGACGAGCUGAGAGCCCAGCACUGGGAGACGGGGCAAACUGAUAGAAAAGCCCACCUACACACACACACACACACACACACACACACACACACACACACACACACACACUCUGUUUCAGAAUUCUGCACAAUGCCGUGCAUUCAGUCACAAGUCUGCAUCCACCUCCUUGGUGGGGUGACAAUCUAAUUCACUGGAUUAGAGAAGACAAAAGAAAUGUCAUGUCUCUCAUUUAAAAAUGAACUCUACAGUGGCAACAAAUAGAAAGGAAAUGAAGCUCUCUUAAUACUUCAUAGUCUCUCUUCCUUUCAGUAAAACAGACUAGUUGCUAUAAAUAGCAAAUCAAAGUAAAAAAAAAAAAAAAAUAUAUAU